UUGCCUCUAGAUAACCCAUUCUUGUUAUAAAAAGACAGUAAACAUUCUGGAGAUAAGUCUUUUCUUAUUUUGUGUGUUAGUGUGUGGAGAGAAGAUACGAAACAGAAAGAUAUCGUCAUGGCUCAUGGGAGAUAUGAUAAUAACUGCAAAAAGAAAAGUGGACAGAUUCCGAGGUUUGGAGAAUGGGAGGAAGCAAAUGAGAUGCCAAUAACACAAUACUUUGAGAAUCCAAGGCAAGCUGGUCUGCUUCGUCACCACCAUCACUCCAUUUCUUCUUACACAACCACUUCUUCUUCUUCUUCUUCUUCUUCUGCAGAAGCCUUAAAGCAUGGUUUUCACCAUCCCCGUCAACGUCACCUCCAUCCUUCAAGACAGACGGCGGGGACGAAUGAAAGGAGGCGCCCACAAAGGCGCGUGCGCGACGUCAGUGCACAGACAGACAAGUAUUAUGUUGACGUCACUGGAGUGAAGCAGCACCAAAACAACGUUGCCUCAGCUUCGAGGCCACCUAAGCCCGUUGAUGAGGAUCUCUACAAGAUUCCUCCUGAGCUUUUAUAUUCUUCAAGAAGGAAGAGAAUGCCUGGCUUUUUAGCAUGUUUGGUUCCAUGCACGUCUUAAACUGAAAAAGAAGAAUGAAGAGAAGGAUCAUGCAUGAAUCGAAUAAUGUAAUUUGUAUUUUUAUAAAUUUAAUUUCACUCAAUAUACAUAUAUAUGAUAUAGUCA